GCCCGCUCGCGCUGCCCGCGGCCCGGCGUCGCGAGUUCCCGCUCUCCCGCGUCCGCCUUCUCCCGCCCCCUCCCUCCCUCCGUGCCGGCUCGGCGCUCGCCUCGGCCUCCCGCUCCCUCCCCUCGGCCCCGGCGCGGCGGCCCUAUGGCGUACAGUCAGGGCGGCGGCAAGAAGAAAGUCUGCUACUAUUAUGACGGUGAUAUCGGAAACUAUUACUAUGGACAAGGGCAUCCAAUGAAACCUCAUAGGAUCCGAAUGACCCACAACUUGCUGCUAAAUUAUGGCUUAUACAGAAAAAUGGAAAUUUAUAGACCCCACAAAGCUACUGCUGAGGAAAUGACCAAGUACCAUAGUGAUGAAUACAUCAAAUUUCUCCGAUCAAUAAGGCCUGACAAUAUGUCUGAGUACAGCAAGCAAAUGCAGAGAUUUAAUGUUGGAGAAGAUUGUCCUGUAUUUGAUGGCCUGUUUGAGUUUUGUCAGCUGUCAACAGGAGGCUCUGUUGCUGGGGCAGUAAAAUUGAACAGACAACAGACAGACAUGGCUGUUAAUUGGGCUGGAGGACUUCACCAUGCUAAGAAAUCGGAAGCAUCUGGUUUCUGUUAUGUCAAUGAUAUUGUGCUUGCCAUCCUUGAAUUACUGAAGUACCACCAAAGAGUGUUGUAUAUUGAUAUUGAUAUCCAUCAUGGUGAUGGUGUUGAAGAAGCAUUUUAUACCACAGACCGUGUCAUGACAGUAUCAUUCCAUAAGUAUGGUGAAUAUUUUCCAGGCACAGGGGAUCUUAGGGACAUUGGUGCUGGAAAAGGCAAAUACUAUGCCGUCAACUUUCCAAUGAGGGAUGGUAUAGAUGAUGAAUCAUAUGGACAGAUAUUCAAACCAAUUAUAUCCAAAGUAAUGGAGAUGUACCAGCCCAGUGCUGUGGUAUUACAGUGUGGAGCAGAUUCACUGUCUGGUGACAGGCUGGGGUGCUUUAAUCUUACUGUUAAAGGUCAUGCGAAAUGUGUGGAAGUUGUAAAGACUUUUAACUUGCCAUUGCUGAUGUUAGGAGGAGGAGGAUAUACGAUUCGUAAUGUUGCUCGAUGCUGGACAUACGAAACUGCUGUUGCCUUAGACUGUGAAAUUCCUAAUGAGUUGCCAUACAAUGACUACUUUGAGUAUUUCGGACCAGACUUCAAGCUUCAUAUUAGUCCUUCAAAUAUGACUAAUCAGAAUACACCAGAAUAUAUGGAGAAGAUCAAGCAACGCUUAUUUGAAAACUUGCGCAUGUUACCUCAUGCACCUGGUGUACAGAUGCAGGCCAUUCCUGAAGAUGCUGUUCAUGAAGACAGUGGAGAUGAGGAUGGAGAAGAUCCAGACAAACGGAUUUCUAUUCGAGCAUCUGAUAAGCGCAUAGCCUGCGAUGAAGAAUUUUCAGAUUCUGAAGAUGAAGGGGAAGGUGGACGACGAAAUGUUGCAGAUCAUAAGAAAGGAGCAAAGAAGGCUAGGAUAGAGGAGGACAAAAAAGAGACUGAGGACAAAAAAGCAGAUGUUAAGGAGGAGGAUAAAUCCAAGGACAGCAGUGGUGAAAAGACAGACACCAAAGGAGCAAAAUCAGAACAGCUCAGCAAUCCUUGAACAAAGAUAGCCUCUCAUCAGCUGCAGAACAUAGUACUAGAGUUGGAGAAUACCUAAAAGAAGAAAAGUUUUCGUAUUGAGAGAGACUGCUGAUUUCAUUUUGUACUAUUUGGCAUGGACCGUAUUUAUUUUCAAACGGCUUUGUUCUGGUUUUUGGCAAGUUGUAUUGUGAGUUUUCUAAUUAUGAGGCAGAAAUUCCUUUCUUCACCAUGCUUUAUGUAAUAGUAUUUAAAAAUGGAUGUGAGUUAUUAUGUUAAAUGUCUAAACUGAUCUAUUAAAGUAAUUUGCCUUUCCUGAGCUGAUUUUACCUUUUUUGUAAUUUUAUCUUUAUUAAAAAAAAAAAAAUUGUA